GAUGACGAUCCACGCCCUACACUCCUAAUAGUCUGUUAAGUCCGCUAGAGGCUCGGAACCUCAGAUGUUCUCAAAAAGACGCCGGGACAUCGCCGGGGCAGAGGGGACGAUGGAGAAUUUCACGGCGCUGUUCGGGGCUCAGGCUGACCCACCGCCGCCCCCAACCUCACUCGGCUUCGGAGCUGGAAAACCUCCACCCCCACCGCCUCCUCCUCCGGGUGGAGGGCCCGGCCCCGCCCCGCCCCCAACCGCGGCCUCGGCCCCUUCCGGCGCUGACAAGUCAGCGGCAGGUUGUGGCCCCUUCUACCUAAUGCGGGAGCUGCCAGGCAGCACAGAGCUGACAGGCAGCACUAACCUGAUCACACACUACAACCUGGAACAUGCCUAUAAUAAAUUCUGUGGGAAGAAAGUGAAGGAGAAGCUAAGUAACUUCCUGCCUGACCUGCCAGGGAUGAUUGAUCUGCCUGGUUCCCAUGACAACAGCAGCCUCCGCUCCCUCAUUGAGAAGCCCCCUAUUCUUGGUGGCUCUUUUAAUCCUAUCACAGGGACCAUGCUGGCUGGCUUCCGCCUCCACACAGGCCCGUUGCCAGAGCAGUGUCGUCUGAUGCACAUUCAGCCUCCCAAGAAGAAGAAUAAGCAGAAGCACAAACAGAGCCGUACCCAGGAUCCGGUCCCCCCAGAAACACCAUCUGAUUCAGAUCACAAGAAGAAGAAAAAGAAAAAAGAAGAGGAUCCUGAACGGAAACGGAAGAAGAAAGAGAAGAAGAAAAAGAAGAACCGACACAGCCCUGACCACCCAGGCGUGGGCAGCUCUCAGGCCAGCAGCAGCAGCAGCCUCCGCUAGCAGGACCAGGGGACUCUGCCAGGAGGACCUUCCUGCUGUACUGAACCCACUGACAAAAGCUGCCUUCCAGGCUCUUGGUCACCGCCUUGGGAGCAUCCCCUGCAGCUGGGACAGAAGCCAGCUUCUGCUGUGCUCAGUUAAGAUGAACACGUUGUAAGAGAGAAGGGCUAUGCUUUUGUAAGCCUCAGCCCAGUUUGCUUUCUCAUGGACAUCUCUUCCUCUCCCAGGAAGCUUUCUUUUCAUCUCUUUUGUGCCGUUUGUCUGAUUUAGGACUUUAUCUGAUUUUUUAGGAUUUUUAUUUUCUUAAAAUUGCAUUUAUCAAACUGGCUGAAGUGUGGCUGCCCGUUAAGAGGUAAGUGCCUUUCUAUGAGAGUCAGGGUUUAAGCCAAGGCAUGCUAAGGUCUGAGGGGAUUGGGGUCUUGUAUUACAUCAUCUCAUCAGUAGGCAGGGAAACAACCAAAAUGAGAUGGGGGAACAUGGUCCAAAGGCGAGGCAGAGCUUGCUGAUACCUUUCCACAGCAGACACGUAACACUCUGCCUGUGAUGUUGAGAACCAGUAACCUGGAUGAUCUUCAGGCUCUCUCUCAAGGAGCGGAUUCACGUAGGGCUCAGCUGUGUUCUGGGUCCAUUUUGUGUUGAAACAGAGUAGCCAAUGGAAGAAGCACCCACAGUUACCAACGUAUUUCAGCAAGGUUGCUUCUUGGUCAAGCCUAUCAUUUUUUUUUUUUUUUUUUUUUUUUUUUUUUGCGGUAUGCGGGCCUCUCACUGUUGUGGCCUCCCCCGUUGCGGAGCACAGGCUCCGGACGCGCAGGCUCCGGACGCGCAGGCUCAGCGGCCAUGGCUCACGGGCCCAGCCGCUCCGCGGCACAUGGGAUCCUCCCAGACCGGGGCACGAACCCGUAUCCCCUGCAUCGGCAGGCGGACUCCCAACCACUUGCGCCACCAGGGAGGCCCAAGCCUAUCAUUUUUUGAAAUAAACCUCUGGCAAGCAAAGGUAAAUGCUUCUCUUUAUAAUAAGAACUUUUGACCUGCCCCAUUCCUUAAGACAAUGAAAUUACUUGGCCAAUGUGAAAACAUUUCUAAGACAGCAAAAAUAAAGGUAGCCUAAACUAGCAAAAUGUAAAAUAAAUCCCUUCAGUCUUUGCAGCAGGCCAGAUAACCCGAAACAUCCAUGAGAAAACAAGCUAAUGUAAUCUGACUUUAAGCUCAGUUUGACACAGAACAGGUUGCCGUGAGCCAAGAUUGUUCACCUAGAUCAGCAGGUGGAAAACCACUCAUUCAGCUCGUUUUAACUAGGAUUUCAGAGCAAGAGUUUAUAUACUUAAGUUAUGGACAGUGAAAAUAAAGGGUUCAGGCCAGUUUUCUGAGAUUUAGUAUCUGAGGGUGCCUUUUUAAAAUUAGGGCACAGCCUUUUGCUUUCGACAAACGGAAGAGACAAUAUGAGAUGUCAGACUGCCACCCAUAUAUCCCUCUAGUCUAUCUGCCUUUAACAGGCUUUCAUCCUGUGAUCAUCCACCGGCUCACCUUUGACUACAUCCAAAAUGAGCUUUAUUUUCCAGAGACAAAAUUCUGUAUUAAAGAACAACUGUGGCAAAAGUCAAGAGCUCUCUAAGCUUUGAAAUGACAAGUUUUGGUGGUUACAAAAGACCUUUUUCUGAAACAUUUAAAUCACUGAAAUAAAAACAGGACCUCUUGUUUUAAGUGGUUAUUUUCACUAUAGUCCUGCUUAAAGAUGGACCAGGACCAGAGACACUUAUGAGGUUCUCCUUGUAACUAACUUCCCAUCAGAGAUCAUUCACCCUGCCUUAACCACACAAAAUAACACAAGUCAGGGGGAACUGGUUAGAUCAGGAUUUCUUUUUAUUCCUUGUUGGUUUAAAAUGGCUAAUCAGAAUAAAAAAUA